GCAGAGCUGUCAAAACAGUUAGCGGCUGCAGUUCUGCUCUGUGUUAACUGUGUUUAAAAAGUGAUUUGUCGUACAAAAUGUGUAAAAUAUGUAGUUAUAACUUUAACAUGUCGCCUGUGGGAAAGUACGGACGUAAAUAUAAAAAUUUCGUUUAUAUUUUAUUGAGCAACAGGGUUUAAAAGAUUUUGCCAAGUUCGGAUACAGCGACACAACUGAACCGGGAAUAAAAACCUGCCUGGAAAAUCAGAAAGAUUUUCCAUCUUUAAACCAUGGAAACAGGUGUCAGCAGGAAAAGGAGAAGAGAGGGACUGAAUCGAGAGGCAGACAAAGAGCAAAGAUGCAGCAAAAUAGCACGAAGGACUUCGGGCCUGACAGAGCCUGCACCCUUUUCUGAUCAGCUGAAGGUCGUGACUACUCCGUAUACUCGUGUUAGUUUGGAGGAAGCCCGUUGUGGCACCCCAGAGAAUCGUCCAGUGCGUGUGUACGCUGAUGGAAUUUUUGACAUGUUCCAUUCGGGGCAUGCCCGAGCUCUAAUGCAGGCUAAAUGUCUUUUCCCCAACACCCAUCUCAUCGUAGGCGUAUGCAGCGAUGAUUUAACGCACAAGCUGAAGGGCUUCACUGUUAUGAACGAGGAUGAGCGAUACGAUGCCAUUAGCCACUGUCGCUAUGUAGAUGAGGUGGUCAGAGAUGCGCCGUGGACGCUGACACCAGAGUUUCUGACCGAGCACAGAAUUGACUUUGUUGCCCAUGACGACAUCCCGUACGUUUCAGCUGGAAGUGAUGAUGUUUACAAGCACAUAAAGGAGGCAGGCAUGUUUGCACCCACGCAACGCACAGAGGGCAUCUCCACAUCUGACAUCAUCACCAGAAUCGUCCGUGACUACGACGUGUACGUGCGACGCAACCUGCAGAAAGGCUACACGGCCAAAGAGCUCAACGUCAGCUUCAUUAAUGAGAAGAAGUAUCACCUGCAGGAGCAUGUGGAUAAGGUGAAGCAGAAGGUGCGGGAUGUGGAGGAGAAGAGUAAGGAGUUUGUGCAGAAGGUGGAGGAGAAGAGCAUUGACCUCAUCCAGAAGUGGGAGGAGAAGUCACGAGAGUUCAUCGGCAACUUCCUGCAGAUGUUCGGGCCGGAUGGGGCGCUGAAGCACAUGUUGAAAGAAGGAAAAGGUCGCAUGCUACAGGCCAUCAGUCCCAGACAGAGUCCUAACAGCAGCCCUACACGAGAGGAACGCUCACCUUCUCCUACCUUCCGUCUUCCAUUUUUCACCAAGCUUCCUUCGUCUUACUCCCCUCCUCACCACAGCUUCACGCACAGCAUCAGCGAGGAUGAGGAUGACGAGGACUAGACGACGGUACUCUGGUGUUCAUUAGAAAUCAAACACUUACACACACAUCCCUCAGUAACCUGUAACACAACUCUACACCUGAUAAUGUGUAUUACUACAAUAAUAAAGUCUCGAAGCAGUUGCUGAAUUUUAACAAUAAAUGUAACGACUAUAUAAUGCAAAAUUUUAAACGAUAUCUUCUCCACUGUAAUAAAACAAGGUGUCGGGAUGAGAGAGUAGUAGGUCUUAUCUAGACCUGUGAGAAAAACAAGAAUGGCUUACACCUUCUCUAGGGUUUUGUAAUAUUCCUGUGUGAUCAGAGGCACACGACUACAGUGGCGACACGUAAUUAUGAAUUUGUUGCUCUGGGAAUAUAGUAACAUUACUGAGGAGAAAUUUUGCUCUUGGUGCCAGCUUGUAAAAUUGGUGUGAACACACUGGAAUUGUGAGAUUCAUCAGUCAUCUAGUGUGAGAACGAAUGAGAAAAGCUGGUAAAGUGGGUACAGCGCAGAAACAUGGCUACUGAGGAUCUGGGUUUGAUCUUCUCUUUCAGUCACAGACUGUGAGGAUCUUUUGUUUGUUCUUCUUGUGUCCACGUCAAACUGUCUUGGUUUCUUUGCACUUCUGAAAAGCAUGCAGAACGAGUACUGGUUGCUAUAAUUUGCCCCUAGACGUGGAAGAGUAUGUGUAUAUGAUGCACUGGGAUUUUUAUUAUUCUAUUUAUGCAUUUUUCUAGUCGUAUCUAUUUACCCAGUUGUAUUUUUCCUCUACUGCUGCAGACCCCUAGCACGCAUCCACUUUAACAUGUGUGUAGUAGCCAACUGAUUCUCGAUGUAGGGAAUCGUGUACAGAGUCACGCACUGCUCUCCAUUACUUAUAUCUCUGUCCAGUGCCUUGACCAGCCAGCAGAGGCCGAAAUUGCAGCAGUAAUGAGGAAUCGCUUCUGUGUAGGUGUCCUGAAGAUGAUAGCAGAGCUGAGAUUCAAAUUCACCAGCUCAAGAUCUUAGUGGUGGGCUAGUGUGUUGGUGGGUUCUAAUCUCAGCCGGCCGGGCAACUACACAGACAUGAUUGGCUAUAUCUAAAUUUAUAAAGGGGGGGGGGGGUGUUGAAGCCCUGUGAUGGAUUGGCGCUUGUCCAGGGUUUUGCUGCCUUGUGCCCAGUGUUUCCUGAUGGAGCUGAACCCAUGCGAUCCAGACCAGGAUAAACCAGUUGAGGAAGAUGAAAUGAACCGGUGAACGGUAGAGGGUGGAUAUGUUCUACAUAUUUAUUGAUUGCUUGAAGAUCUGCGCUUAGAUUUUCAUUACAAUUAAAUGUUGAUUUAAAAUUUUAAUCACACAUACACAACUCAUGUGAUGGAUAAAAAUGAAUUGAAUGAAGUCUGAGUUGAAUGAAUGAGUUUGGGGUUGGCAACACUAACUGUUUAUCUACUGUUCAUCUGUUUUAAUCACUGUAUGAGGGGUCAUGAGUUCUGAGAAGCAGUUAUUCUUCAUGCUUCUAUAUUAUUUGUGUGUGUUUCUGAAAUCACACAGAUCUGAUUUGUGCACAAACUGUUCUUUUCAUUAUAAUGUAUUAGAAGUGCCAUGACAUUCCACAUCAGCAUCAGUCUUCCUGUCAGUGAUCAUUCAUGUUCACCCUGGAUUCAGUUUCUGGAUUUCUGUAUUCACUCUGGAUGCUGUACAAGCUGAAAUAUCCAUUUUAAAUAACCUCAUUUUACUAUUGUAUCAUAUUUGCUUAAUAACCCAUUUCUUUCUUUUAAUGUCUGAUCUGCUUCAAUAAAACUUAAUUCUU